UGCUUUGGCCAGACGUUACCCCAUGUUUCGAAGGCGUUGCAUUCAGUGAACGAAUCCUUUCCGGAAAAAGUCCGCAUAUGGGAUUGCCAUAUUACGAUAAUUCCAUCGGAUAUGUUCGAUCAGGUGAAACCAAAAUACCUGUCAAUUGAGCGAAGUUAUCUGGCUCUUCUACGUGAGAAUGCCCUCGGUACAAUCGGUCCACGACUACACGGCCUAUACCUGAGAUAUAAUCACCUCAAAGGUGUGAAUCGAUCGAUGCUUCAGGGUCUGUCCAGCCUUCGUGAAUUGGAUCUUUCCGGUAAUCGGAUUGGUUCGUUGGUCACGGGCGUUUUCGAUUUGACGCCAGAACUUCGGGAAUUGUCCAUCAACGAUAAUGACAUCACCACCAUCGAGGAUGGCACAUUUGCCAAGUUGACGUCGUUGAAAAAGCUGAGUCUGAGUGGAAAUCAGAUCAGCGUGAUCACAAAGAACAUGUUCAAAGGACUGGACUCGUUGGAAGUUUUGAAUUUGCAAAACAAUCAAAUCACCAGCAUCGAUUGGUCAGCGUUCGCCAAUCUGAAACAGCUCAGGACUCUCGAUUUAGGAACUAAUCACUUUACUAACGUUGAAUUACGUGGCUUGGAAAAUCUUCAAAAGCUCUUCCUUAACAAUAACAGCAUCAACUCAUUGAAAAGAGUCAGUCUACGAGACCUCCCAUCUUUGAUCCUCCUAUCGCUGGAUCGAAACUCCAUCUCAGAAAUUGCUGAUGGAGAUUUGUCUGGGUUGGCUAGGAGCACUCGACUUGAAAGUUUCACCAUUGCAGCCAAUAACAUCAGCCAGAUCUCGCAGCGGGCAUUUUCACCGAUUCAGCACCUCAAUGUAUUGGCAAUGCAGAAUAAUCAACUCACUACACUCACCAAAGACGGUCAAUCCUAUCUGCGACCUUUGCGACGUUUGACAACACUGCUCGUAUCGGGGAAUCAGCUUCGUGCCAUUGGUGAACACGAUCUGCCACGAACACUUUUGGUCCUCGCCGCUGACCACAACCUUCUGGAGAAGAUCGAUGUCAAAGCGUUUGAUGGAAUGACACUGCACAAACUCUACAUCAAUAACAACAAGCUGCCAUUCCUUCACCGUCACACGUUCGAUUCCAUCUCGUUCGACACUUUGGAGGCAAUCGAUAUUACUUCGAAUGCCUGGCAGUGCGUCUGUGGUGAGGAAUGGCUGGGUGACUGGCUUGAGAAGGCUGGUGACAGCGACGUUGGCGAUGGAGUUCUUGGAUGCCUGGCGACGGCAGCUCGACGGUGUGCUGUUGAUCCCCAAAUGGAGACGGACGAGGUGCGCAGUGUGUGGGUGACGGUCACAGCCUCGAUUCUGGCCGCUGUCUCCCUGCUGAUCCUCAUCGCCAUCGCAUUCCUCUACAUCAGCGAUGGCAAACAAAGAGUGGUCCUGAUGCGGCCGUUAGUACGUCGAACGGACUCGGAUCUGCACAAACUGAUCGGUGACGUCGAUCCCCUAAUCGCACGUGAUCUAGGUGCACCACGAAAACCGCCCUCCACGGGCGAAAAGAAACGCGUCCGUUUUGAGGACAACUGA